AUGCCCAAGAACAAAGGCAAAGGAGGUAAAAACAGGCGUAGGGGGAAGAACGAGAAUGAAUCUGAGAAAAGGGAGUUGGUCUUCAAAGAGGACGGACAGGAGUACGCGCAGGUCAUCAAAAUGUUGGGAAAUGGACGACUAGAAGCAAUGUGCUUCGAUGGUGUGAAGAGGUUAUGUCACAUCAGAGGGAAACUGAGGAAGAAGGUUUGGAUCAACACCUCAGACAUCAUACUGGUUGGCCUGCGGGACUAUCAGGAGAACAAAGCCGAUGUGAUUUUGAAGUACAACGCGGAUGAAGCCAGAAGUCUGAAGGCCUAUGGGGAGCUUCCAGAACAUGCUAAAAUCAAUGAAACGGACACCUUUGGUCCCGGAGAUGACGAUGAAAUCCAGUUUGAUGAUAUUGGAGAUGAUGAUGAAGACAUUGAUGAUAUCUGA